CGGAUUAUGACGUCACAUCGAGUCGAACUAUCGAGUGAGAACCAGAAAGGUGACAGUGUUGUUGAAGAGAAUUAAAUUCUUAGCAAGGUUUAGUUUUAAAACGCAUUGGUUUUUAAUAUUUUAAACUUCGUGCUGCUAAUUGCUCAAUCCAAAUCGCCAGGAUUUAUUUGUUAAAACUAAGAUAAUGUCUACUCCAGCUCGGAGACGACUAAUGCGUGAUUUUAAAAGAUUGCAAGAAGAUCCUCCAGCUGGUGUAAGUGGUGCUCCUACUGAUAAUAAUAUAAUGAUAUGGAAUGCUGUAAUAUUUGGCCCUCAUGAUACUCCUUUUGAAGAUGGUACCUUUAAACUUACUCUAGAAUUUACGGAAGAGUACCCAAACAAGCCACCAACGGUGCGAUUUGUAUCAAAAAUGUUUCACCCUAAUGUGUAUGCUGACGGUAGUAUCUGUUUGGAUAUUCUUCAGAAUCGAUGGAGUCCUACAUAUGAUGUAUCUGCUAUUUUGACAUCAAUACAGUCCCUACUGGAUGAGCCAAAUCCCAAUAGUCCUGCAAAUAGUUUAGCUGCCCAGCUAUAUCAAGAAAAUCGUAGAGAAUAUGAGAAGAGGGUUGCAACCAUUGUUGAACAGAGCUGGUUAAAUUUUAAUGACGACGAAGAAAAGGAACCAAAAAAAGAUUCUUAGAAUUAACCCAUUUUAGCCCUCACCAGUGGAACAGAUCCAGUGGUUUGCACUUAGUGCUGUUUGUAUGGGUGUGGCCUUGUGUGCGUUGCAAUGAACUGGUCAAAUUCAGAAACAUUUUUCGACAUUUUAUGCCGUAUCUGACCGCGUUGCAGGUGACUGCAAGGUCGCGAUUGUGUUAUGUAUAUGUAUUUUGUUUGCAAUGUGAAACCAGCUUACUUUUUAUAUAUUAAGGUAUGUUAAAAUACCCAGUUUCCCAACCUUUUAAGAUACUCAUGAAUUUGUAUAUUGCGUUAAACUGUCCAUAUUAGCAAAAAUCGUUACCUAAAUUUUAUUUAAAAUAUCUUGUAUAAUCAUUGUACAUUUUAUUUUCAAAGGCAUUUUAUUUUUUUUUGUUCUGUCAUAUGCAAAUGUGCUUUUUGUUAAAAUUUUGUAGUAAAUACAUCUUUCUUUAAAAUUUCUCCUCCAGGUUUACUCCGAUAGAUUAGUGUGGUUCAGUUUGAAUUGAGAGAUAUUAGUCAUAGUGUACAUUAUAAUUAUAGAUUAGAUUUUUCUUAUAAGUUUUCUCGAUAAGUAUAUUGGAACACAGUCAUCAUGGCUGUUAACUGUUGUGCAUAUUGUAGUAUAAACACUGUGCAAUUGGUAUUUGAAAUAUAUAUUCAAGCUUUUUACGAGAGGAAAAACAGUAACUGCAAUAUUAAUUACUCAUGUGUUCUCCAGCAGACGUCUACAGGCUUUUCAGCUUUCCAGACUGCACUCACUCAUACAUAGUAGAAAAGACAGUAUUCUGAAGGGUAUGAAGCUGAGAACUUAGAAACUUUCUUAAUUUCUAAGUGUUUAUUGAUAAACUCAUGUAAAAGAGAAUUAUUUUCUGUGUUUCCCCCAUAAGACAUCUAGUUACACAGCAAAAUAUAUACAGUAUUAAUACAUCAACCAUCACAGGCAGAUUUUCAACAGUGGAUGAGGUUUGCCUAUUCUGUCUUUUAAUGUUUCACUGUGUGGAGAACCAAAAUUAAUGCUUGUACAGAAAAUUAUGGGAUCUAAUUGUAAAAGUCAGUAGUUAAUGGGGAAUAAAAAUUAUGCUUGUUAUGUAUCCGAUCAUUUAUUUAAUUAAUAACUUUAAACAGAACAAAGUUUUAGAUGCUGAAAGAGAAUGCUUUCAAUAAUAGUAUUAUAGUAAAUCCAUGUGAAUAUUUGAAUUGUAUAUAUAUAUAUAUAUAUUUAUCUCUAAAACAGUGAACAGCAACUGUUUUUAUCCAAUUCAAACCAAUGAACUUUGUCUUUACAACAGUGAUUUUUGUGGAAUCCAAUGUGUGAGUAUUCCUGGAGUUGCUUCUAAUAAAUAAAAGCACGAAACUAUUUUCAAA